CUCACUCUCAGUCUCUCUGAAACCCUUUCUCUCUCUCUCUCUCUCUCUAAAACCCUAACUUUCUCUCACUAAAACCCUGCUAUUUUUUUCUCAUCAAGAUGUCAGCAAAAUGCACGCAAAUUGCUAGCUCCUCCUCCUCGAGCGAUGGCAACAACAACAGCUUCAUGUUCAACCAAGUCUUGCCUCCGGCGUCGACUACGGACUUCUGGUGCAAUCCUAGUAUGGUUCUGAUGAAUGCAGUUUAUGCGAUGCCGGUACCAGUGGUGCCGAUGAUGUUUUGGCCAUGUAUGGCUCCGACGAGUGGUGAUGCUCUGGUGAAAAUGGAGAGCUCUCAACCACAGCUUGGGAACUUCUUGGAAAGAUGCCACCUUUGCAAAAAGUGGAUCGGUGACAAUGACAUGUACAUGUAUGGUAAUUUGCAAGCAUUUUGUUCCUCAGAGUGCCGCGGUAAACAGAUCCUCAUCGACAAAUCGGGGGAGACAAGAAGCAAUUGCAAGGUAGCAAGAUGAUUGCUGUGAAGUGUGUUUGGUGUUCAACUGUGAAAAGUGCAUUCACAUAUUCUCAAACUACUCCUAGCCAGUACUAACAUUUGCAGUGCAUAGCUUUCAGGUUUUUGUGAUUGGCAUGCACUUUUGCAAAGGGCAUCACAUGAUUCUUUUAGUUAACACAUCUUUAGGUCUUGAAUAGCCACAGUGGUUUGUUUAGGAUCAGAACUUCUGUGU